UGUGCCAUGGUUUAUUGGACCAUGAUUUUGCUCAGGAAUACGGGAUCAGACCUACAAAUACUCCAAAAUAACAAAAUGCAAAAUUUGUGCGGAUUGAAAAAUUAGCAGAUUUGCAAAGUGAAGCCAUCUCAAUUGCAAAAAAUUUAAACAUUUGAAACACAUUUUAUCCUUUGUUUUGAGGAAAUGGAAUUUGGUGGUUUUGAAAAGUGAAAGAUAUUUGUAAGGUAAAAAGUGUGAAAUUUGUGGUCACGUCGUCGCCUGGAACUGCGUGCGGCAGAAAAUAAAAAGUGGCCGCAGCAGCAGCGGCUUUAGUAGCAGCGCAAUCGAGUGUCUUGUAUACGACAGAGUGGAAAAGUGUGGAUUAGGGGAAAGAAGGUAGCCAUGAGAAGUAGGUGCGAGUGCGUCAGUGCGUUUACUCUUGCAAUAAAAGGUUGUUGAAGGAAACAGAGACAAACGUGCCGAUGUACAAAGCUGAAGCAAAACAAAAUGCAUGGCAUACAGACAGAUUUACAAGAAAAAACAUGUUCUAAAAAGCAAACAUAAUAUAAAAAAAUUAAAAUAAAUAGUUUAUUUUUCACAUCCUUAAUCUUGUGACAGUGCCUAGGUGGCUGAACCAAACAUUUUCUUGUACGCGUUUACGAAAUAAGUAACUCUCUCACUUUGUAAUAUUUAUAGUGUAACUUUGACUUGGUUUACUUAAAAGUGAUUUUAUUGAAAUGUCCGAAAUGAAACGGGUUUCGUUUACCACGUUGAGCAGUAGUACUUCGUCUACAACAAACUUCGGCCCAGGAAGCAGUGCUGCUGGCGGGCUUUUAGGUGGAAUUGGUAGUGGAGCUUUACCCGCGAGUUCGUCACGUUUCGGCGCGGAUUUCCUCCCUAGCCAGCAAAAUGCCGAUCGGGUAGGUGCAGCCGGUGGGAGUGCUGAUCGCAAAAGCAACAAAACAAUGCGACUGGCAAUAGAACUCUUUCCUACCGACUCCUGUCAAUAUCCCGAGUUUAAUUAUUCCAGAUUAAUGCAUUUGGAGAAGAAGAAGAUAAAAAAAUUAAAACAGAAAACAAAUGGUUUCACUGAUCCGUUUAACGACAACGAUGAUGAUGUGGCUAGAAUUGCACGCGAACUAGAGAAGAAAUAUGGCAGUACGUAUGGGAGCGGACGAGGUCGAAGCAAAAAAGAUGAUCUUUGCGACAUUGGCAUGGGCUAUGAUGAAUCUGAUUCAUUCAUUGAUAAUACGGAGGCCUACGAUGAAAUUAUACCAGAGGAAUUGGAAACAAUAGAGGGCGGUUUCUAUAUCAAUUGCGGACCAUUGGAAUUCCAAAAACUUCACACAGAAUCAACUACUACCAAAACGGACGAAAUUAUAAAAAUGCCCAAUCGUCCACGAAAGCGCGUCAUAUCUUCCUCUUCCUCUGAUAGUUCGUCUUGCAGCGAAGAAGAUGCGGACGAAGAUGCUGAAUCGGAUGGCGAAGUAUCCAGUGCAGACACAGUAAAGGGCAAUAAGAAUAAUAGUGCCAUAACACAACCAGCGGAGAAACGUCCCCGUACCAACCCUACAGUCAACCCGAUAAAAAAGCCCAAGCCCAACCAAGAGGCAAAAACUAAAAAAGGAAAACUGGUAAAAAAUGUGGCUAUUGGAGGGUCAUCAACAUCAAACUCUCCAAAACCUUCCUCCGUGGGCUCAGAUUCAGAGAAAGAACGUGUGCGACAGAAAAUUGUCAAGACAACCACUAUAAAGGAUAUGCUUAAGGCAAAACGUGACAAUUUUCUAAAAAUGCAAGAAGGUGGUGGUGUUAGCGGACCAACUGGAAGCUCGGAACAAAUUAAUGGAGAACUUAAAGGAACUGCUAGUAAGUCGUCCGAUGAAGAUGACUCUUCCUCAAGUGGCGAAUCGGAAGGUUCAAGUGAUGACAGCGAUUCUAAUGGCAGUGAGCCAGAAGAGAAGAAAGCGAAAAGUGGUAAUGGUGAAAGUACUGAAAAAUUGCGCACAUGCGACACCAAACUGCCCGAAAUUGAGGCUGAAAUUUUAGCGGAUGUCCAACAAUUCAAAGAAAUUGUAACAAUGAAGAAUAUGACCGGCAAACGUUUCCAAUUCGAUGACUCGCUAGUCGAAGUCUUUUUGAAAAUCGAUGAAGCAUUGUUAUGCGUUGAAAAAACUCACAGGAAUAUGGUAUUCGCACACUUAGAAUAUCAUCUUGUGUUGCCUAAAUAUUUCUUCUUGCGCAAAGCAAAGCAGCUACGUAUAAAAGAGGAAAAAAUGAAGAGUAAAAGAGCGCUUGGCAAAUUGCGUAAAACUAUUAUAGAAGCAAUGCCGGCGGUAAUUGCUAACUUUGAAGCAGAAAUAAGGAGACAUGCAGAACUUGCUGUUAAUGUAAAUGCUGACCAUCCACCGAAAAUGCCAAAGAAGAAAUUCCCUUGGAACAAUAAUUUGCGGAACCUCCUCUACGACGUUUAUCAAGUACGAUGGACAUCAUUUCCAGUUCUGGGAACGCGAAAGGAGACUCUUGAAGAUUUUAUUAAUGUGUUUUUACGGGAAAAGGUUGUGGAACUUUGGCCAAAAGAUUGGAUGCGAUUUGAAGAGCUACACCGCGAGAUUGAAAAACGCAAGACAGCUGCAAAAAAAGCAAAAGACAAGAAAAAGGAAAAGGAUAACGGCAGUAGCAUUCCUUCAGCUAAUCCCACAACUGCCACUAGUAAUACUGGUUCGACGUCUUUGGGUACUGUCGCACAAAGUGCUCCGCCUAACAACACGUAUAUGAAACAGUUUGAAGAGUUUGCCACGGGUAGUCGCAGUUCAUACGCCAAUUCCGAUACUGAAUCGGUAGCUAGUAGCGGCACCUCGAACGGUAUAAAACGUAAGAAUCCCGGCAAGGGAGCAGGUAAAACAGCAAAAUUACAAUCGCAAAGCAAUAUCCCAAAUAACAGUAGCACCUUCGAUAACAACAAAAAACCACAACUGCCACAACAGUUAUCGACCUUUCUCCCUGCUUCAACAACGUCAGAAUUGAAUUCAAAAAAUUUAUUGGCCACCAAUGCUGGCGCCACAUCCAGCCAAAUACCGACCCCGACUCUACCACCGAUAUCUACUGCGUCUAUCAUAAGCACAUCGACUGUUUUGUCAUCGCAACCCAAACAUUCCAAAUCGGGUGAAACAAAAGUACAAGUUAUAGAUCUAGAUAACUACCGUAGCCCUAGCGAUAUACUUUUGACCUCACAACUGUUACGACCGGGUAAAGGUAAUGCAACAACAGCUAUAGCGAUGCCCAAUGCAAAAACCGCCUUAACGCCAUGUGUGCCAAAUCGACGAGAGAGCAGUAGCGAAUCGGAUGGUGUUGAGAUCGUGAGUGUAUAUCCGGCCAAAUCCAAAGCGCCUGUAGGGGCACCCCCGAAACAAAAAUACAAGAGAAAUGCAGCUUCGAACUUUGCAAUGAAUACUGGGAAUAUGAAUUCAUUUCAAUCUACUUCGACCACUGUAAUAAAUAAUAAUAGCAUCAGCAAUGCGAACAACAGUAGUCAAAACGCCAAGGGUAAACAAGUGGAGAUGUUGAGCGCCGUUCCAAAUUAUGACGCGAAGCAAGUUGGUCGCACUUUUAAGGAUCUCGAUUUACAACAAAAGACAAAUUCAUUAUCACAGCAAAAUGGCUCCAAAAAAGACCAUUGUGCUCAAUGACCCGCAACAAAUUUUGAUGUACACGACUUUAGUACACUAUCAGCAGCAGCGCUUUCAUGUUUCGCACAAGCGCAGUCGACAUCGGACGACGCUUUCUUAACAGCAAACACUGUAACUAGCGCAACUGUAGGAAAAUCUACAUUUAGCGCUUUGCCACCACUGCCAUUAUUUUUACCAACACAUAUGGAAACUCUACCACCUCCUCCGCAACCGUCGUCUAUCGCGACGCUGAAUGCGGCAACAGUGUUGAUACGGCCGCUUUUACCGACAACUGCACCAUACGCGCCGUCGUCAUCAACGCUACCAACAAAUCAACAAUCAACCGAUUCGCAACAAUUACAGUCGCGAAAUAGAUUUUAGGGUUUACAUUGAUCUAAGUGAAAAUUAAGUAAGACAGAAAAAAUCAUCAAACAAAUAUGCAUACGUAGACGAAAGUUGGUUUGCUAAUCUUGCAAAGAUGCAUUUGCAUUAUAUCGUCGAUUAAAGUACAAAACCGCGUAUCAAGAUAAUGCAAAACCGCGUAUGUGAGGUUGCAUAAAUUAUUUUCUAG